AAGGCCCGGCGCCCGACGGUGCGAUGGAAAAUGCCCAAAAAGAAUUGCUUCGAGUGCGGGAAGAAUUCAACCAGCAGCGGGCCCGUAUGAAGGAGCUGUAUCUUGCCAAAGAGAGUGAAUGCAAACGAUUCGUAGCUGAAUCAAUGAGCGCUCGUAAGGAGCUGGAGGAAGCGAAGGCGCAGCUCAUGAUAAUGGAAUACAGCCGGGAAAAGGAUGCGGAAGAGCACCGAAACAAAACCGAGGACGAAAACCGCACGCUCAAGCAGCUGGUCAACGAAACCCUGGACGAGUCGUCGAUAAUGCGCGAAUCAGUCAAGCAGCUUCAGGACGAAAACGGACGCCUCAUGGAGGAGAUCAUCCAGCUGAAGGAGGAGAUUGCCGACAGCAACCAAGUUUCGCCAAGCCUCGCCAAAACGGUGCAGCAGGCCAAAAAAAUAAUCCUCAAAUUUGGCACCACCGAUUCGAGCGGGUGCGACAAUCUGGAGGAGUCAAUGCGGAAGGUAAAGAAAUAUGCACAAGAAGACGCCGAGGUGCUGCGAUCGUUGGUUGUCCCCCUGGAGGAAGAGAUAAAGUCCCUGAAGGAGAAGCUGCGGCUUGCGUACGAGGAGAUCGAGACGUACGCCGUGCGGGACAAGAAACGGGAUGUUCCAACAUCCGCCCUGAUCGGUAUGCUAACCACACCCGGUGGUGUUAACGAAUCCACGAACGCCGACCGACCGGAAAGGUCCUGCGAGCAGUGUGCUGGCCACGAGGCAGCGAAAGUGCAACAAGCGGAGGAAGACCGUAAGCGGACAGCAGCGUGGGAGAAAAGCCUCGAGCGGCUGAAGGAACAGGUGGCCAAAGAAUCGGCCCUGCGUGCUGAUCUCGAAGUGCAAUGGCACCGGAAGCGCGAGGAGCACAAGAGCGAGGUGCAAAAGUUGACCGACGCUACCACGCAGAUGGAGCAGGGUUUCGAGAAACUACGACGGGAUUACGCCCAGCUGAAGGACACCCUGCGUGAUGAGUUGCAGAAGCUGACGCAGGAGCGGGAACACGUUUGCUACCGGUUGAAUGGGCUUCAGCAGGAUAAUGAGUUUCUUGCCGGUCGGUAUAUUGCCAGCUCGGAUGCGCUCAAGGACCAAGAGAUUAACCUGCCGCAGAGCAUCGAGGAGCUGCAGGAGCUGGUGCUGACGCUGCACGAGAACCUGAUUGUGACGAAGGCGGGAUGUGAGUUUGCCGAGCGGAAAGCACGCAGCAUGCAGGAUGAGGUGGCGCUUUUGCAGGAGCAGCAGCAUUGCCGGGAUCGGGAGGCGCAGAAAGCCGAGCAGCACUUUGCGCAGAAGCAACAUCAGCUGCAGGAGCAGCUGCGCAAGCAGCUGCACGACUUCCAGCAGCUGGGUGCGCAACGGGACGAGCUCGAGCGGGCUGACGCGGAACACAAGAAGCAAAACUCGGAGCUAAGGAUGCAGAUAAUCGAGCUGCAGGCGGCGAACGAGCGGCUUGACCGGCAGAAUGGAGAUCUCCGCAGCAAGAUGGCGGUGCUGCAGGAGGAUCUCGCCAACAACGAAGCGGUGCAGAAGGACUUUGUGAAGCUGUCGCAAUCGCUGCAGAUGCAGCUGGAGAAGAUUCGGUCGGCGGACACGCAGGUGCGCUGGCAGGACGACGAGGAUGUCGAUCAGUGUCCGAACUGCAAGAAGGAGUUUACGGUGACGAGGCGCAAGCAGCACUGCCGGCAUUGCGGGACGGUCUAUUGCCAGCCGUGUCUGUCCAAAUCGGUACCGUCCGGGCCGAACCGGAAGCCGGCACGGGUGUGUGACGUUUGUCAUACGCUUCUGGUGCAAGAUACGGCCCCAUACUUUAGCCGGGAGCCACCACAGUCACCUUAAGCCGCGCGGUUGUCGAUCGCAGACGUGCUAUGUACAGAGUAUAGUCCUUCCACAAGGACGAAGAUAUGUUUGAAAGUGAUGGAGCGUCGAUUUUCUUUAAUUCUAGAAUGUGCGGUUCAGGUGUUCAGGCACGGGUAGAAGCCCCCCUGGACGGGGGGAGAGGGCUGGUGAUUUUAUUUCCAACAAAGCUACUGUAAAACAUCUCAAUAAAGAUUUACCUUUAU